GCUUGCCGCGGGAUCCGCCGCCCCGGUAUUAUCACUGUCACUCUGGCAUGUAACAUAACACGAACAAUCAGCCAAAUUCAUAUUUGUGACAUCGCAACGACACCAGCAAGGCAGGAAAUACCCUUUCUUUCAAACCAGACCGGCGUCGGGCGAGAGCGCCACGCCACGCCACGCCACGCGCGACGACCAUGGCUUCUUCGCAAGACCUUCCGGCCCCGAUCCUCACGCUCGAAAAAUGCCUCGUCAGGCCAUACCACCUCAGCGACGCCCCAGCGCUCGCCCGGGCCGCCGACUCCAAGGCCGUCUUCGCCCACCUGCGGAACCGCUUCCCGCACCCGUACACCCUCGCCCAUUCCGAAGGCUGGAUCGCCAUGAACCAGGCCCCGCCCAUUUUCAACUGGGCCGUCGUGUGCCCGACCUCCGGCACCGCCAUGGGCAGCAUCGGCCUCGUCCCCGGCGAGGACGUGUACUCGAGCAGCUACGAGCUUGGGUACUGGAUCGGAGAGGAGUUCUGGGGCAGGGGCGUGAUGACCGAGCUCGUGCCCGCGUUCGUUAGCUGGGUGUUCUCCGGCAUGAGCGUGGGGUCGGGAGGGGCGGAGAGGGUCUGGGCGGGCGUGUUCUCGGAGAACGCGGCGAGCCAGAGGGUGCUGGAGAAGAGCGGCUUCGUCUUCGAGGGGCGGCUGAGGAGGGCCAUUGUGAAGGAUGGCGUGUGUAUGGACGAGCUCAGGUAUUCCGUCGUCCGGUCCGACCUGCAGGUGUGACAAGUUUCGAUGCGCGAGGUCACAAAGUACUAUCGGGUCCGGCGUACGGAUGCCCCCAAAAAAGAUCUGGGACGUGGGGGAGGGGGGUUGGGGAGCAGGCGGCAAGCUGCUGUCUGGAGACUUGCUGUGCC